AUGCGGUUCCGAAGUCAACUGACGAACAUCGUUACCUUCAGCAAGCUCACAGCAUCCCUCGCAUCCCUGGGCAAAGUCUGCUGGAUGCGCCUGGAAGAUGGCAUCGUGCGAUUGACCAUCAUCCCAGACCAGGGCACCCAAGUCUGGGCCCAGCUACCAAUUGACGCCAUCUUCGAUGAAGCAAGCUACACCCUACAAUCCAACUCCGGCGUGAUCAACCUCGAAGUGCCGAUCGGCGCGCUCCACCGCGCCCUCCGCUCCGCCACAGGCGCGCACUCCGCCCAACUCCGACUCACGCAGAAAGGCAACAUCCCACUGCUCGCGCUCACCAUCCUCUCGUCCUCGUGGACAAAGGGCACCAACGCGCUGGGGAUCAGCGACGCGGCGCCUGCCCAUGGCGGCAACAGCAGCAGCAGCAGCAGCAGCACGCCGUCCGGGCCGCGCGAGCGCGAAACCGUCAUCACGCAGGAAGUCCCCGUGAAGGUGCUCCAUGAGUCCGCGGUGCGAGGGCUGCACGAGCCGCGGUGCCGCGACCCGGACGUGCACAUCAUCCUGCCGAGCCUGGUGUCGCUGAAGAACAUCUCUGAGCGGUUUGCGAAGCUGGCUGCGGACGCGAAGCCGGCGGCGGGCGGGGUGGUCGGGUCGGUGCUGGCGGCGCCGAAGCUGGAGUUGUCGGCGAACAUGCACGGGUCGCUGAAGCUGGCGAUUGCGACGGAUGCGCUGUGUAUCUCGAGUGUGUGGAGUGAUUUGGUGAAUCCGCCGCUGGACCCGGCGCAGCUGGGUGAGGCGGAGAUCGGGGAGUUGCCGAGUGAGAGGAUGAGGGCGCUGGGGAGUGACGACGAGGCCGGCUGGGCGAAGGUGCGGAUUGAUGCGAAGGAUUGGGGGCGGGUGUUGAGUGUGGGCAGGUUGAGUCCGAAGGUGGUUGCUUGUUUCAUUCAUGAUACGGCGCUCAUCCUGUACGUGUAUCUGCCAGGGAGCUGGAAUGCGGAGGAUUCGUGUUUGACGUACUACAUCAAUUCUUACGCGGCCUGA